UGACUCCCCACAGUACACCCUUUAAGUUUCACGGCUUUGUGUUCUGUUGUUCCUGCAGUCAGUCUGCUUUAGUUUUAUGAUUACAGAUGGGGAAAUCCUAACACACAGUCCAGGAAGGCCGUUUGUUUUAAAUGCGACAUCAGGAAGGAAGAACAGAAUCAGUGCGCCAGUGUGAACAGGUGUGUCAGGUGUCAGGUAGCCCUUCGUACCCGGAAGAAAAGAAAAAAACAAGCGACUCCGUUGACAGACAGGGUGAUGGAGCAGAGAAACCUGCAACAGGAGUUGGUGGAUCGGUUCAGUCAUGUUGUUUCCAGACUGCAGAUCUUCCGGUCUGACUGGGACAUCGCCUUUUUUGCAGUCUUCUUCAUUUUCAUUGGUAUGGUGCUGCUGCUGGUCAUCCUGGUCAUCAUACGCUGUUGUUGCUGCUGCUGCUGUGAUGACGACAAGCCUCGAAGAACGAAGGUUGGCAUAGAAAACAUGGCUCUGGAGCCCUGACAGUUGAACUGCACUGAUCCAGUAUUGUGAAGGCUGAUGAAGCUACAAGCAGAGCCUUUAAGUCUGACUCCUGUGCCAAAACCUUGAUUUUACUGUCACCAGUCUGUAAACAAAUUUCACUGACUUGCACAUAGAAAGAAUCAUUCACGUGUCCUUUGGUACCCAGCUAUGGAAAUCUAACACAUGUGAUCUUUCUGUCACUGCUGUGUAGAGUUAAUUGCUAGGAUACAACAGAGGAGCUGGAAACACUCAGCUGUUUAUGUUUUUAUGUCUCUGUAGAUUUGAAUGUAACUUCGUCUUGUUUUUUUUUGUGUGUAAAAAGAGAAUGGUAGUUUUAAUUUGAAGGUUUUACUUUAUAACAAAUAUUUAACAAUAAUAAAAAUGUCAACUUUGCUCUA